AUGGCUUCCGGAAUAGAGGCACUCAAAGGCCAGUCUGCAAUCGUGACCGGCGGUGGAUCCGGGAUCAACCUUGCUUUUACAAAGCUUCUUGUUGAUGUUGGCGUUAAUUUUCUCAUCGCCGACCUUUCCCUACACUCUUCUGCGCAGACUUGGAUCAAAUUGCAUGAAACAACAAAUGGAAGUCACGGCCGGGCAUUUGGUAAGGGUGCAUCUAUUGUGGUACCAGGGGCGGGAGUAUUCGACCAUUCGACGAAUUCAUUCUGGGAGGAUUAUGAUACAGAUUACCGGUACAAAAUACUUGAUGUUAACCUUGCGCAUACGAUCAAAAUGACUCGGUUGGCUAUUGCCCGCUGGCUGGAUGAUCGAAAGAGAAACGGGGCAUCGAGCGGUAUCUGCGGUACUGUUGUUCAUAUCUCUAGUAUUUCAGGACAAGUUCCGAGUCUCGCAACGCCCUUGUACGUGGCGAGCAAGCAUGGGAUCAAUGGAUUUGUCCGCUCUAUGGGUCCUCUGCAGCAGGCAUGUGGAAUCAGAGUUGUUGGUGUUGCUCCUGGGCUGACUGAGACACCUCUGCUGGUUGAUCACCCUCUAACUUUCAGUAUUUACGACCCUCGGACAGACAUGAUCCUCCCUCCCGAAGAACUGGCUCGCGCAAUGAUGGCGCUUGUUGUUGAGACCGAGAAGUAUCAAGCUGGUACCAUUCUAGAAGUUUGUGAUACUGAGGGACGUUGGUGUGAGGUUUCAGUUUUUAAUGACCCUGGUCCCCAAGGUCCAGCGAGUAAAAUGUCUGGUGGAAAAGCUGUGAUAGAUGAUCUUUGGAAGUCUUUGGGUCUUAAAGCAAAGAUCUAA